GUAGGUGCAGUUUAUAAUUUUGAAUUAUAAUUUUUUUGUAUUUUUGAACCAAUUAAGGCAUAAAUGCCUUUUUUAAAAACUUAACUAUAUAUUUAUGUUUUGAAUAGUUUUAUUGCGUAAAUUAACGGAUUAUUUCGUGGCCCCAUCCUACUGUUUGUUUUGCUAUUGGUACACGUCACAACGUCAAAUCGUACUUUGACACUUAUUUCUUCAUUUUCGUGACUCACCGUUAUUCUCGUCCAGAUUUACCUACAUAUUCUGCAACAAUUCCAUCAGGAAGUUAUUAGUUUCGGGUGCCGGCACACGUUUACAACAGUGCGUAACAAAAACACAGCAUCAUGAGUCUACAGUGGACGAUCAUCGCUACAUUCCUGUACGCCGAAAUAGCGUUCGUGCUACUCCUAAGUUUGCCGAUCGCGAGUCCGUCACGAUGGCAAAAGUUCUUCAGGUCGAAGUUCCUCGCUUACAUAAGCGGGCAGGCGUCUAUUUACUUCCUGGUGCUUAUUGGUGUCUUGGUACUAUGCCUGCUGGAUGCCAUCAGGGAGAUGCAGAAGUACUCAAACAUCGAGCCGGCGGAGCACACACAUCUGGACGCUGAAAUGCAAGGUAACAUGCGUCUAUUCCGCGCGCAGAGGAACUUCUACAUUUCUGGGUUUGCUCUGUUCCUGCUGAUUGUUAUAAGGCGAAUGGUGCAAAUGAUCUCUGAAUUGGCGACUCUGUUGGCGCAAUCCGAGGCUAACUUCCGCCAGGCGCAGAGUGCGUCUGUUGCAGCCAGGUCUCUGCUGGCUCAACAGGGGGCUGGCGACGAGGUGGCCAAGAAGGAGAUUGAGGAGUUGAAGACUAAAGUAUCGCAGCUAGAGAAAGAUUUGGUGAGGGAGAAGAAGGACAAAGAAGCUGUGAAAUCACAAGCGGAGAGCCUGAACAAGGAGUAUGAUAGACUGGCCGAGGAACACAGCAAGUUGCAGAAGAAGCUCACAGUGGCUGGUGGAGACAAGAAGGAUGAAUAAGUGCUGUUUAGGGUUUUGAUCAUAGUAUUUUCUCAUUUUAUCAAUUUAAACUUAAUCUAUAAUCUUUUAAAACAGGAUAUGCGUAAUAUACAGCAUGUCUUGAAAUGGACAGCAACAGUCAAAAUGAAAAUAAUAUCAGAUCUAAAAAAAAACUACCAACUUUACAUACUAACCAUCAUGCACCUACCAUACCUUUAAAAGUUGUUGGUCUUUUAUAUGAUUAAUGUACCUUUGAAUUUAAAUACUUGUUGUGUGCAGGACACUCUGUAUACAGAUAAGAGUCUUAUAAUUACGUUGUCUUAUCAAAAAUAGCUCUUAUUAAUUGCAUGUAUUUACCUAUGAUGUAAUAUGUCCUUCAAGUGAUUCAUUCAUAUGCUUUGAACAAACUGCUUUAAGCAUUUAAAAUGCGAACUAUUUGCAUUAUAGUUGUAAGUAAACAGAAUCAUCAUUUAAAAAGAGAAAUAAAAGCCUAAUUAAAAAUAAAAACCCAAAUAAAAAAACAAAGCAUCAUUUGGCCAGUUACUUCUUAAGAUUUAAGCCAGAUUGUAGCUAAUUAUA